GAAGCGCCAGCCAGGAUCCGAUCCACGAGCACAGGACGAUCGAUGCGCGAGAAUGUCGCAGGGCAACUUAUUGCAGGGAUACAAUUGGGAAACUCAGUACGACGAUUCGCAGGUGCAAUUUUCUCGUCCCAUUCCAGACGAUGUUAUCAGCGUUUACGAGGUGUACGUGAAAGAAGAAUCUGGCUCUGACUCGAGGAGCGGUAAUGUACCCGGUAUGCCAGGAUUAGGACCUGCCGUCGACCAACCAUUGAUCCAGAUGAUUAAUCGCGGCGAAGGUUUUAUCAAUGAGAACGAUUUGCGAUCGUGUAAAAUCGCAUCCAAAAGCGACUGUGUGGACCUAGAUGCAGCCAUAGACUCCGAGGUGAUCAAUAUCGACGGCACCGUCACGAAACUCCUCGGCAAGGACGCGUUAAGGUACAAAAUUCUCGAGCAAAGUGCCAGUACGCCAGACGAGAGUGUGGUUGUAUAUUCACGUUCUGUUGCCGAAGGGCCUUCCUCCUCAAAAACCCGUCUUAUCGAUAAGGAUGAUCCGCGAUCCAGGUUGCAUUUUGUGAAAUAUCUCAAACGGGACGGGAAAACGCUCAAGAUCUGGGAAUGCGGCAUUUGUUCAAAAGAGUUCCGCCAUCAGUACACCUUGAUGAGACACUUGCCGACUCACACCGACGAGAGAAACUUUAAAUGCGAUACUUGUGGCAAGGCUUUCCGCCAGUUGUCAACAUUGAGUCAGCAUAAGGCUAUACACAGCGACGCCAGGCCCUACGUGUGCGAGUUUUGCAAGAAAACGUUUAACAGGGUGUCCACGUUGAUUUCCCACCGGAAAACUCAUUCCGAACAUAAGCCGCACAAGUGUCACGUAUGUGGCAAAGGAUUUCAUCAAAAGGGCAAUCUACGUAACCACGUGUUUACGCACACGAACGAACGACCUUACAAGUGCGAGCUCUGCGGCAAGGGCUUCAAUCAGAUGUCGAAUUUGGUCUGUCACAAGGUAAAGGCGCACGCACACACCGAUAAGAGUAUGAAAUACUCGUGCGGAAUAUGCGGAAAGGACUUUCCGCGCAGAUUUGCUUUGCGGUCGCACGAGGAGUACAAGCACGGCAUAAAGUAUCGAAGCAACGUGCAGCCCGCCGUGAAGGAGUCCAAUAAUGCCAAAAACAAGAACGUUAGGAUCAUACAAUUGUCCAAUGGCGAUCGGAAUCACAUUAGCGUAAGCAAAGAGAAGGAUUAUUUCGGCUCGUCGGAUUUAAUGGAUAGUAUCGUGAUAGAUAAGAUCGAUACGAAAGCGAUGGAAAUGGCGAUGCUCGAAGGCCAGAUGCCUUUCGCUCUCUAUAAACCCGCGAAAGGUAUACCGGUUCUCGUUAAAAUUUCGCCCACUGCCAGUAAUAAGCAUAUACUCACACCUGCGACUGCCGAGGAUUUACGAAUGACAGGAAAAAUUACCCUGAAUUCUAUCGAGACUGCAGACGUUGAUGGUAAUAAGGCGGUUCAGGUAAAAGUGCCGGUUGUUGCCACAGUGAUACAGAAUAUCGAAGCCGAUGGCAAAUCCAGCUUCGUCAUCGAGCCUCCCGGAGCGGAACAGGAGGAAGAUGAUCUAGUGACAGCGUUGGACUCGCAGUUCUCUUUUUCCGAACUCAAUCACAAUGAAUUGGAUCGUCCAAACGGCCCGAAUUCGGCUCCGACGAUGGACGAUUAUAACGAGUUGCUGGAGCUGGCUGCGCAAGGUGGAAUACAGUUCGUUCGUGCCACAGAAGAUGGUCGUUACGAGGUUAUGACGAGCAACGAGGCCCGCGACUUAAUGGCGCAGAAUUCCCACGACGUAACGAUUCUUGACGGCGAACAGGCGGACGCCAUCAAUCUCGCGAAUAUACGCAAUAACGGUGACGUCAUCAUCGGCGACAACGAUAAUCAGAUCAUGGUCCUGGAAUCUGACCAGAAAUCCAACAGUAUGUCAAUGGACGGUAUCGAGAUUCUCGAGGACAAAGACAUCAGGAUUCUCGAGGGCAAGAGCUUCGACGAUCGUUUCGCGGAUGGUAUAACAUUCCUCUCCCAGACGAAAAUUGACGAUCUCUUGCUGGGUCCCAAAUCACUGACUAUCGACGGCGACAGCGGCUUAGCCGUGCAUGACGAUGCAAUGGCCGUACCGUCGAGCCAGCAGGACCUAACGAGCAUCUUGGGCCACUCCUCGAAUCUAUCCAGCUCGCAGUCCUCGUUAUCGUCUCUGUUAAUGAAGAACCAUCCGCCAUUGCCGCUAUUGAAUGAGACACUUCCGUAUCUGAAGAGCAGUCAGAGCUUCGCGGAAGAUCUAGAUAUUCUCGGCGUCUCCCCUGUGGAAGAUCAUCACUCGGAAUACGAUUCGAAGAUGAAACUGUCCUCGGUCUUCGACGACGACUGUGAUACUGGUUUAAUAUCUUUCGGUCAAUCGGACAUAAAGAUGUUCGACUCCGGGAAUCAGUGUGUUAAGCCUUUCAACAGUAAGUUGACGCUGCCACCUCCAAGGAUAUUUCCUCCUGCUAUGAACGAUGUAAAGAUUUUAGGACCGAAAAAUCAUAAUCAUGAAUUGGCCACUUCGCAUUAUCAAGACAGAGUCUUUAGUCCGUUCGAGCAGUUCCUUAAGAGUAUACAGACGAAUGGCACACCUAAUGCCGUCGACAUGUUAGAAGGAUGCAAGAAAGAAGUAAAGAUACUCGGUAAAAAGCUGGGCACCGGUAUUAUCACUACUACUGAAGAGGGAGACGUCGUAGAAGUUGUCGACGACAAGAAAUUUGAGAUGGGCAGUGCAGUGGAUUUCUGCGACAACGUCAUGCAGCAGUGCGCGACCGUGUCGCCGCAACGAUUGCACCGACAGCCGAUGGAGAACGCCGCGGACAGCUUCUUGCUCCAAGUAAAAACCUUUGAGAGUAAUUACGGUAAAAGCGACGAAAAAGAGAACGUUUCCCCGAAUCUACACAGGCUGGCAGCCCCUGCGGCACAGAUUUUCUGAAUUUCGGCAAUCGCUUCGCCGGGAAGGAUAUGUCGCCCGACGGUCAUCUCGACAGAACCCGAAAAGAAGAUCGCGAGGAUAGUUUCGCGCCCGGAGAAGUGUUGGAUCUAGACUGACGGAGUGCGGCUCUGGAGUUACUUAUUUUUUGUGUCGUUAAUCUACGCGGUUCGUUUGGGAAGAUAUUCGUGCUGCGAUUCUCUUGGGUAUAAAGAGAAGAAAGGUAAUACGCGAUAAAAAAGAAGGUGCGUAUUGAUAUUUUUAUAGUUUUCUGUUUACAGAAGAUUGUAUCGGUAUUAAAUGCGGCGGAAAGAUCGUAUUUUUAUUUACGCAUCUUUACUUACAAAUUUUGUUGUUAAAUAGUAAGCGAUACCAUGUAAGAAUUAUGUUAAUGAUACUGAUGUCUAAUAUUUUUAAACACAUGCAAUUGAUUUGCAACAGAUAUAGUUGUAUGAUAAAGUAUCUUUCGAAAGGCGAACAAUAUACAGCGAACAUAAUGUUUGAUGGAAUGCGUGCCUGUAAAUCGAAGUAUUCAAUCUCAGAUAAUCAAUCAUCCCGUUGAUUUUUACACGAAUAUGGUUCUUGAAUUACGAUCAUAAUGCUACUUUCGAGUUCUCUAUACUAUAAUUUACAUAUUACAAUUAUAUAAAU